AUGCUGCGCGCGGUUCUCCGCCCGGGAAGGCCGGCGCGGGCGGCGCCGGGGACUUCUCCGGCGGACGUGACGCGGCGGCGCAUCGCCGGAUGGAUCCGGGAGAUGCGGCGGCGCCGCUGGGACCCGCGGAGGGACGAGUUCUUCGUCCCGCUGCCCGAGUCGCCGGCGUUCCUCGACACCGCCACCAUGCCCAUGGUGCUCACCGCCGUCGUAACGGCUCUCUUCGUCAAAGUCCUCAUGAUGGUACGCCCUUUCUUCCUUCCUCUCCCUUCGACCGCCGAGUUCUUUCCCAUCCUCCGAUCCCUGUGGAUUCCGACGGUUCUUCUAUCUGGUUAUAAUCUCUCAUUGGUUCUCAUCCGAAGAACAGAAUCAUCUGCGGGCUCCUAAUUCGGCAUAAAAUAGUAAUACGAGAAAUAUAUUUCCGAUACAAACAUUUUACUCAGUAUGUGAAUUUAGCGGUGGUGCAUGGUUCUUCCUCACGCUGCUCCAAGCUCUCUCCUCGUGUCUCCUUUACUGUUCAAGGGGGGUACAUAAGACCAGGAAUAAAAUGAGCACCGGUGUUUUAUUAUAUACCCUUGACAUGAUAUUAUUGAUUUUCUUUCUUUUUCUCGUCUCCAUUUCCGACAUAGUUCUGGCCUAAAUAGCUGGAAUUAGGGAGCCGGAAAAAAAAUCUUUGAAUAUGAAUUGGCGUGCUUUAUUUCGAAAGUUUGACGAACAAGGGAGGGAGCAACUUAGGGAGUCGAGGAAGUUGUGUAGAUUCUUUGAAACGAAAGUAUCAUUCGUAUUAUUAUUUAUUUACAUUAAUGAUUGAAAAAUAGUCCAUUUUAUUUCUUUUUAAAUUGCGUCUUGUAGAACAUAUUUACCUACGACUUUAUGCCUAGCGUGGGUCAGUAUUUCUUUUCGACAAGUGGGCACGUUGACUUACCAUGAGAAGACUAUUUUUGGCCCUCGUCCCUCUGCAGGUCCUCUGUCACACAUUAAUCUGCUUAAACGUGCAAUUUUUCAGACGUUAUCUAGAUUCUGGGGCAAUUUAGCUGGAACUCUUCUGUUAUUCCAUUGGCACGGAUUAAUCUGACCCGAACCUGCAAAUUCUCGGAGAUAAUCAUGAUCUUCUGUUUGAAAAUCGUUCAUGGGGUUGCUUGUUUUUCUCUGAGAUAUAUCCUGAAGCUUUAGUUUAGUGAGAGAAACUCAUCGAGUCGAUUUCCCUUGCAGGUUGAUGAAUCCAAGGAGCAGGAGAGGCUGGAGAGGAAGAUCCAGAGGGCCCCUGGUGGACAGGGCACCGUCAGGAUGCUCACCCGUGAGGAAUGGGAGGAGAUUCAGGAAGUGAGGCCUAGGACCCCCUUCGAAUCCCACCUCGCUCGCCCAAAUGCCCGCAUCAGGACCGGAGAUUCGAUGCACCUGGUGAGAUCUUGGCCUCAAUCCUCUCCCGGGUAUUUCCAAAAAUAGGAAAAAAUAAAGAAUAAAAGAUGCAAUAAAUUUGAAAUGGGGCCUUCAUCGUUUCAUGCUAAUUUUUUGAUUAUUGAUUAUAUUCAUACUUCUUUUUAGUAAAUUCUGUUCUUCCAAUAGACUCUUGGGAUCCCGGUCAGGGCUAGAUCAGUAAGCCCAUGGUUAAAACUUUGCUCGUCCAGCAAGGGACCCUGACCCUCCACCUGACAUCUGACUCAGCAGCCACAUUGGGAAUCCUAUCCACACAGCAUGGCCGCUUGGAUUAGCUAAAAUGGCUUUCUUCUGAUCUCCUACAGGAAGAUGUGAAGGACUGGACCAUUGAUGUUCUCUCUGACGCAGUCACAAGGGCCCAAGAAUGCGCCAAGAGCAGGUGA